AUGGCUUCGCAAGUGCGACAGAGAGUAUAUAGGACACGGACCAAGUCGGGAUGUUUGACAUGCAAGAAGCGACGAAUCAAAUGCGAUGAAACUAGGCCGAGCUGCUCGAGGUGCACUUCAACAGGUCGCAAGUGCGACGGCUACGAUACAAACGCCCUUCCCUUGGCGAGCAUCUACCUCCCGCGCCCUUCUCUGUCUCUCGCAACUUUCACUUAUGCGACAAGCGAGCGCGAGAUCCGAUCGUUCCAGUUCUUCUACGAGAAGACCGUGUUCUCCCUAGCGGGCUACUGUGGCUCGGAACUCUGGAGCCGAUCUGUAUUACAGGUCAGCCAACACGCGAAGCCCGUUUGGCAUGCGCUCGUCGCCUUGGGUGCGUUGCAUGAGAACUUCGAGAAUGACCGGCAGAUUCCCGGCUUCUGGUUCAGCCGGGCAGGACACGAUACGUUCGCCUUGAAGGCAUACCUCGCGGCAAUCAGAGCGCUUUUGGGCCCCUCUAAUCCAAGUAGCAGCUCAUCGCUGCAGGUGGUCGGUAGCCAGGAUGGCAGGCUCACGGUGGAUGUGUGUCUCAUCUCCUGCGUCCUGUUCGUUUGCUUUGAGAUCAUGUCCAGCCAUUACAUCGCAGCGGUCAAUCAUAUUCGCCAUGGGGUGAAGAUACUCAGCGAGGUCACCUAUGAUCCAGGCACUGGGACAUAUCGCCAUCCCUUUCUGAGGCCGUCCACUGUGCCGAGCCUUGAGAUCGAGAAUCUUCGGAUGCUGCUCGUCAGAUUGCACGGGCAGGCCUUUACCUUGACACGGGCCGAGGAAGACGGCCCAUCGUCCACUGCGCCGCACUUGACCUGUUCUGCAUCCGUCGACAUUCCACCGUGUUUUUCUUCCCUUGCAGAAGCGCGCGACAUAUAUGAGCAUUACAAUGGCUUGUUCAGACACGAAUUUCAUUCUAUAUCAGAUGCUAUAGCGAGGCAUGGGAUUGCAGAAGAUCCUGGGUUGCUGGUACAGCGUUAUGCAGGAUUGCUGGGAAGAUGGUCUAUGGCCUUAGACUGCUUCGAGCAAGCCCGCGGCCCUUCCUUGACCACGAAGGAACAGACGGGGUUGAAGAUCUUACAAAUCCACCGACUCGAGCACAGUCUACUCCUGGAGCAAUACCGGUCUGGCUCAGCGGAGUCAACCGUGUGGGAUAGAUAUAAUCCCAUCUUUAAGAAAAUUACCUCUUUGGCUGCCUCCGUGGUGGAACUUUCGCGCAGUCUUGGCUCUCCGUCUGUGUCACCGAACCCGUUACUCAGCUCUCUGCAGCAACGACCGACUCUGAGUCCUAGUUUCUCGCUCGACUUGGGGAUUAUUGGCCCCCUGUACGAUGUUGCCACCCUCUGUCGUGACCCGGUGAUCCGCCGUGAGGCCGUGAAUGUUCUGCGGUCGGCAUCUCGUCAGGAAGGUGUGUUCAAUAGCUAUGUUUGCGCAGUUGUUGCGGAUAAAGUCAUCUCCUUGGAAGAAAAGGUCGCACUUGAGGAAGGUCUAGAAUAUGGUCCUGAUUCUGCCGCUGUUGCGCAGCUUAUCUCGGAUGCUGGAGCCGGCCAGCACGGAAGGAUCUCUCGGUGCUCGGAGGUGCCUGAGAAAGCACGACUGACGUAUGCAUACCCGGAAUUUGAUACUAUUGGGAGGAGGGUCUUCUUAACAAUUGGUCAGGAUAGCAGGGUGCACACGAAUAUUCCUCUGCUGGCCAUGUCCGCAGUGCUGUACACCGAAGAUCGAUGA